UGAAGACGUACGAACGGCGGCCAAAUCAUUUCAAGCCCCUGACCAGAAUGGGAACGGGCAAGCCCAGGAUGUAAAUCCAUCUGAUGUUUACUGACAUGAAUGACCAAGAACCUGCUCUUAAACAUGGGACACAAUUUGUCUGGAUGGCUGAAACUUUGCCUCGUAUAAUUUAGCACCUGAAGCUUACAGAGGUCAGCUUCGGUCACUAAGAUGAUGAAUAAUGUGGCGUUUUAGUGGCAUCCCUUGGAUUAAGUGUAAAAUUAUGCAGAAUUACAAACGCAAACGUUCUCCUGGGAGAGCGUUUUACACAGCCUGAGUUGGGCAUUUCCUGCUAUGUUUAUUUCUGACAACUGAAAUAUUUUUUUUCCUUUGAAUGCAUUCAUACUAGAGGUAAAGUUAAAGCUUGUUAAAGUGUGGUGGAAAAAAAUAAGGAGAAUUUAAAGCUUUCAUUCCACUUCCAUUGGCGUCCAAGACGCCCUGCCUUCCUCUGUUUGCAUCCUGGUCUAAUCUGAAACCUCAUUACUGCCACGUAUUAAAGAAAUGACAUGUUCGCAGUAGAAAAUGAGUCCUCAGUUUGAUUAUCAACAUUUUAAAGACAGUCACAGCAUUUUAAUCACUCGCCCGAUCUGUUCUCGCUAACGUCAGCGCUGAAAUAAUCGCAGAUGAAUUCCGUCAGGUUAAAUUCCUUUUAUUGAUCUACAACCCCAAUUCUGAAAAAGCAGGGACAGUAUGGGAAAUGCGAAUAAAAAUAUUUGUAAAUGUACUUUGACUUUUAUUUAAACGAAAAACGUAUAAAGACAAUAUAUUUGAUGUUUUACCUAAUCGACUGCAUAGUUUUUUUUUUUGUUUUUUGUUUUUAGAUAAACAUUUAUUUUGAAGUUGAUGCAUGCAACAUGUUCCAAAAAACUUGGGACGGGGCAAUUUAGGACUAAUAGCGAUGUGACAAGAUAAGAAGGUGAUGUGAAACAGGUGAGGCAGUUGUCUAAUCGUAGUAUAUAAGGAGCCUCCGAAAAAAGGCCUAGUCCUUCAAGAGCAAGGAUGGGUCGAGGCUCAGCAAUCUGCCAAUAGAUGCAUCAGUGAAUAAUCCAACACAUUGAGAACAACAUUCCCCAAAGACAGAUCGGUAGGAUUUUGGGCAUUUCACCUUCUACAGUGCACAAUAUCAUUAAAAGAUUCAAGGAAUCCGGUUAAAUCUCGGUGUUUAAAGGGCAAGGCCGAAAACCACUUCUGAAUGCGUGUGAUGUCCGAUCCUUCAGACGUCACUGUCUUAAAAAACGUCAUGAGUCUGUAAUGGAGAUCCUGACAUGGGCUCGGGAAUACUUUGGUAAACCUUUGUCACUCAACACCAUUCGCCGCUGCAUCCACAGAUGCAAGUUAAGUUAUACUAUGCAAAGCAGAAGCCAUACAUCAACACUGUCCAGAAGCACCGCAGACUUCUCCGGGCUCGGUCUCAUCCGAGUUGGACAGUAUCACAGUGGAAUCAUGUUUUGUGGUCUGACGAGUCGACAUUUCAAAUUUCGGACAAAACAGACGUCGUGUUCUCCGGGCCAAAGAGCAAAAGGACGAUCCAAGCUGUUCUCAGCAUCAGGUCCAAAAGCCAGCGUCUGUCAUGGUACAGGGGUGUGUCAGUGCCCAUGGCAUGGGUAACUUGCACAUCUGUGAGGGCAGCAUUAAUGCAGAAAGAUAUGUACGCAUCUUGGAGCAACAUGUGCUGCCAUCCAGAGCAAGACAACGCUAAACCACAUUCUGCCCGGGUUACAAGCACGUGGUUGCGUAAGUAGAGUGCAGGUGCUAGCAUGACCUGCUGCAGUCCUGACCUGUCUCCGAUUGAGAACAUGUGCCGCAUUAUGAAGCUCAAAAUAAGGCAACGAAGGCCUCGUACAGUUGCACAGCUGAAGAAAUGCAUAAUGGAUGAAUGGGGGAAAAUUCCGCUUGCUAAACUUCACCAACUGGUGUCUUCACUCGGCGCCCAAACACUUAAGUGUUAUUAAAAGAAAGGCUGAUGGUACACAGUGCUAAACAGUCGACUGUCCCAACUUUUUUUUUGGAGUGUGUUGCAGUCAUCAGCUUUGAAAUGAGUGUUUAUUUUCAAAAAUAAAUGAAAUCCACAAAGUGAAACAUCAAAUCAUGUGUUAACGAUAUGUUUUCAAUGUAGUACAGGGUGAAUUGAGUUUUCAAAUGAUUGUUUUUGUUUGUUUCAAACAAACUUGUGUGAAGAAGUGUUCACAUGUUUCCCGAAAUGCCCUGCAUUCACACAUUGAUAGAAAUACAGCGUUAUCCAUGCAGCAAGUGAGUUUCUGAGAGACCCUGUUACAGUAUAAGCAGCAAUCCUGUAUCGCAGUUUGCUCAGGAGCCUGGCAGUCAAGCGUUUCUGCCGCCUUUUGACACUGCGGUUGGAGAAGAUGCAGUUGGCUGGCUUCAUGUGUGUUGGAGGAAGCGUAUGUUAACCUUCACUCUCCCUGGUUUGUAGCUGAUAGGAGACAGCUGGAUGGGUAGGAAUUGGCAAAGAUUAUAUAUUCUGAGGACAAUGCAAAAAAAACAACCACCACCUAUCCAACAGUAAGCUAGGGUUUGAUCCUCAUUAACCUAUAAGCAGUUUUCCGUACCUUGCUGUGAUCUCAUUUAUUCAGCGAUUUCAGCUGAGCUGCCAGAGUCCUUUCUAAGAAAUGGUACGUCAUGUAAAUAAUGCAACGUGAUAAAACCAAUUUAUUAUUGUGCACGUUUAUUGCACCGGAUUAUUUAUUUUCGUCGUUAAAAGUGUAGUGUAAACAGGCAUUAAUAUUGUAGACUGUGUACAUCUGGUAAAUGAAAUCUAGUUUGGUGCAAAAAAUAAAUAAAUAAUCCUGCAAGUAGCCUUUUCCCUGAACAAUUUUUGCUUUUACUGUGGAAAAGAUGACUAUUUAACUGUUUUUAAUUAACUAAUAAUUUUUUUUUAAAUUAUUGGUAUGACAUUUGGAACAUUUUGAGAAAAAAGUCUCCAUGUUCCUAUUUUAUUUAUUAAGUUGCUUUUUCAAACAUGACAUCGUUCCUAGUAAGGGAACAUAGUGAGCAGCGAUGCUCCCUGGUUUUUGCAGUGCAUUGUGGGAUUUGUUUUGGGAGCGAAGUAUUCCGCGAUUGAAACCGCCCUUAAAAUGGCCGACUCCCUGAUCAGUGAACUAGGGAGCUGGUCAAGAUGCACCGGUAGUUAAAAAGACUAUCCCUAGAGGGAAUUUCAACUCGAGGGGAGCUUUUCUUUUCGGAUGUCGGAUGUUGGGAAUUAGAAGUUGUGAGAAUUACUCUCGCCAAGCGCAGCAUUAGCAGUCACGCAACCCUGAAAUGUACUGGAAUAAAAAUGAAUACUUCAGCUGUUGUUGGACUCAGCCCUGAUGUAUGUGCCUCACUCAUAUCGUUCCCAGUGAAGCCCCGCACGCGAUGGCCAUUUCCCCACUACCCAACAGAACCAAUUAUUUAAUUAUGAGUCCAGCGCCAUCUCAAGGAGUGGUAGUUCAAGGAAGGCUGUUUCAACACACUCAUCUCCCCUCUCCUGUUAGAAAGCCAGUCCAAAGCAACCUUGACUUGAAAGAAAGAUCUGACUUCACCACCCAAAGAGCAGAGCUAGACAAAAUCAUUCUCACCUGCCCAGAGAUUUCAGACUCGGAGUCUCUGAAUGUAAAGAGAUGCACCCAGCCGAGGAGGCGGCCGAUGUUCGAAAGCAUCAGCACGGCAGAGUCGUUGCAGCCGGACGAGUACUUCACUGUGUGCGGAAAGUGUGGCCGGCGAAGUGAAGACCACACAAAGUGUGAAAGCUGCGGGAACCCACUGCCUGCUGAAGUGCCCCUUCUGCCUGCUGUCCCCUCCUCACCUGCCCCUCGAGUGCCUGUACGCUCCCUUCCCUCUCCCGGCUCUCCCAGCGUCACUCAGCUCAGCAAGAGCUUCUACGGUGUGACGUCUGGGGGGCGCGCUACCCAAGCCGAAACGGCUAUGAACCCACCAGCACGCAUUACCCGCGGGGGUCUGCUGCUGCCACACAAUGGCGCUAAGCUAACCGUGGGGAAGAGGCAGCCUUUGGCCAAGCAGCACGAACUCAAUGACCCCAUCGUACUGUCUAGCGACGAAGACGACGAGGCUGACAGUUCUAGCACGGGCAGCGUAAACCGGUUGGACAGCGUCUCUCCGAGGCCUGCCGACUCCGCCCACUCCUCCCCAGCGCCUUCCGGCGGCAGAGUGGAAGCGGCCGUUAAAGAGGUCGCAGAACACGAAGAGCACGCUUGCGAAUUCUUCAACGACGUGGACCACAGGAGCGUGGCACCUCGAAGGAACCGCUUAAAAGAUCCACAGUUUCGAAGCGUGUGCGAGGACCCGUCGCCAUCUAAGAAGCGGAAAUUGGGACAGGUGCCGAAGUUGGAGAGCAUUAUUCUGGAGUGCAGGAGCGUACGGAUAGGAACUCUGCGCCGGAUGGUCACCAAACCUGUCAUUUUCACAGUAGAGUAUAUACAGCUUGAGACGGAAGGUCAGGAGGUCGACGUGCUGGAGAAGGUGCGCCUGAGGUCGUCGGAGCUGACGAGCUGCGAAUGGUGCAGCGUUCGGAAGCUGCCCGUCCUAUUUUUCCAGACCAGUGACAGUGAGUGCCAGCGCCUGCGCACCCAGCUCCAGAUGUCCCAGGAGAGCGGCGGCCUGUGGUACGACUGCAGCGGCGAAAACUUGGAUGAGAAAUACAUAGUGUUGAUUUUCGAGAACGGCCUCUCGAUGCAAGAGCAGAUGAUUUUAGAAGACAUCCUGGUUGAGAUUGGCCGAAACAACAAGCUCACGCGCUUUCCUGCUAGACUGACCUUUGACGAAGCCAACGUUCGACUGGUUCAAUAUAACAAAGCAACAAAAGAGAAGGAAAAGGCAAAAGCUCAGAAAGCCAAAUUGGUUUCACCCUCUACAACAUCUGCCACGACUGCGACUACAGUAAAUGUCUCCGUCACCACGGCAACGGCGACGGCAAGCACAGUAACCGCAACCCCGGCUGCGUCGACAGAGAUGAUAGUCCAGACCCGAUUCUCCACUCACCUCCACGGGAUCUACGAUGAAGAUGAUGAUGAGGAUAUGGCAGAGCUGCAGCCUACUUUCACAGGCCCCAUCGUCAAGUUGAUAGUGUAUCCCCCUCCUCCAGCUAAAGGUGGAAUCUCUGUGACCAACGAAGACCUUCACUGUCUAAACGACGGGGAGUUUCUGAACGAUGUCAUCAUAGACUUUUAUUUAAAGUAUCUCUUCAUGGAGAAGUUGAAAAAGGAGGAUGCAGGCAGAAGUCACGUUUUCAGUUCGUUCUUCUACAAGAGACUCAACCAGAGAGAAAGGAGAAGUGCACCGGACACAACUAACCUUCCAAUACAGAAGAGGAAGCACAAUCGGGUAAAAACAUGGACGCGACAUGUGGACCUUUUUCAGAAGGACUUCAUCUUUGUUCCCAUCAAUGAGUCAGCACACUGGUAUCUUGCAGUGAUCUGCUUCCCAGGUUUAGAGGGACCCUGCAUGGAGCCCAAUCCUCAUUAUCAGCCCCAGACACAGUCCCAGGCCCAGGCUUCGUCCCCAUCUGAGAUCGGGAGCUCCGUCCUAAGCGAAGGAGGCAUCGAGGAGCCCUCGCCUCACACAGAGCCCCUUUCCUUUAACCCAGAGGAGGUUAAUACGGAAGCUGAGGGACAGGACGUAAGCCACUCGAGUAUGCCGUCCUGUCCACACCGACCCCCAGAUCACACCUGCACUCACAACCAAAGGGUCAACGGACAGGUUCAAUCACAUUACACAGAUGCUUUGCGAAGAAUCAGUGUGUGUUAUAGCAGUGAAGAUCCUGGCACCUUCUCUGACGACCAAAGCUCCUCUCAUGACGAGUGCAGUGAGGACGGAGCGCUGGCGGACGACACUGCAACGUCGGAGAGCAUGGAGUGGGCAUCCAAACCUACCAUCUGCAAACAACCUUGUAUCCUCAUCAUGGACUCGUUGCGAGGCCCUGCCAGAUCUACAGUGGUGAAGACAUUGCGAGAGUAUCUGGAGGUAGAGUGGGAAGUGAGGAAGGGCACUCAGAGGAGUUUUGGGAAGGACUUGAUGAAGGGCUCGAGCCCGCGGGUGCCACAACAGGACAACUUCAGCGACUGUGGCGUCUACGUGCUGCAAUACGUCGAGAGCUUCUUCGAGAACCCUGUGCCAAGCUUCCAUCUCCCUAUGAAUUUAUUGGACUGGUUCCCCCAGCAGCGGAUGAAGACUAAACGGGAGGAGAUCAAGGAGCUCAUUCUAAAGCUCCAGUCCCUACAAAAGUUGGACCGGGAGAACUCUGGGCAGGACCUGGGUGUCGGAGAUGUCUGCGACGACCUGGACAUUGGAGACGCCUUAGAGUCGGCCGACCUCAUCCCACCAAUCAGUUCAUGAACUCCAGCCCCUUGCUGCUAUAGCUCUUCUUAUGAAAGGGUCUUGUUGGCGUCGCCCCCCCUACUCAUGGCGCCGACGGCUAGUCGGGGCCCUCAACAUGAUCGUACGCUGCUGGACGAUUCUGCCGUGACAACAACUGUUUCCGUUUUUUGGGGGUUUUUUUUCUCCUUCGUUAACAAAAGAGCAAAGAGACUUCAUUUGUAUUAAAGAAAACAUGUAUAUAUGCUGAACAGUUUUUUUUUUUUUGGUUUGUUUGUUUGUUUGUUUGUUUGUUUGUUUUUGCUGACUUGUGAAUUUGACCUCUCAUGAUCUCGUCUCUCACUCUUGCACCAAGUUAAAGGUAUUCGUUCAUCUGUCGUCUUCAUGAAGGACACAAACAGCCCUGACCUCCCCACGAGCCCGAACAGUAACUGUUUAAUGUCCCGUUCUGUCUGUGCUUCCACUCGAGCGUUUCACCACACAAAACAGUUUGUUGUUUGUAGGCUAAGUAUCCAAAAACAUCUGGAUUUAUUAUUAUUAUUAUUAUUAUUUUUUAAACCAACCUACAAAACAUUUUUUGCUUCUAUCAUGGCAUAACACCGUUGCUAGUCAGUGCCUGUCAGAGCUUUAUACAAUAUUGCCACAUGUAAAAGGACCUCAUUUUCAAUAUUAAAACUAUUUGAGAUGCAAGAGUGCACAUCUGCCUUAGUUCAUACAGAUAUAAGCAUUCGAAAAGGAGGGUCAUGAGUGCUCUUUUCUAUUCUUUACUGGUCUGCAAUAAAUAUAAUAUAAUUACAUAAUAAAGUGAGUAAAAUGGAUAGUAAGUGACGACGGGCACCUCUGUUCAUUUUUCUGUAAAUGCUUCACACUGGAUCCUAAAUACUCGUACAUUAAUUACUGUAUUGCGUCAUACGUGUGUCCAUAUGUGGUUUAUUAUUAAAUUACUUGGUAUUCAAUUAACAAUCUUCUGUAACUUGGUGUCACAAUUAUGACUGUAUAGACAAGUAUACAUGGUAUACAUUUGGAUCCAGUCACCAGAUCGUUCUGGUGAAAUAAAUACACAUUUAUAUUAUUAUACAGACGUGACAAAUUAAAGAUGAAUUGUUUCUAUCCUGAUGGGAGUGGUAUCUUCCAGGAUGACCCAGCCCCCAUCCACAGGGCACGAGGGCUCACUGAAUGCAUUCGUAAGGAUGUAAAGUCAUAUGCGAUGACCUUCACUGUCGGCAGAUUUCAGCCGCAGUGAACUCCACAAUGUUGGAGUUGAAAGCGAGGUGUCGGAGACGCAUUCUCUACCAGUGUCAUCAAAACACCAACUGAGGUAAUAUCAUUUGGGAGAAAAGCGUCCAGGACAAUUUGAGAGACUUGCGGCGUAUGUGCCAAGGUGAAUUGAAGCUGUUCUGGGGGCUCAGUUUGUUAACAAUACUGUUAACAAAAUAAGAGGGAUCAUAAAACUCCCACGUUGUUUU